AUGGGUCUAGCAAUAAUGUGUAUAUGGAGAAUACCCCACUGUCAUCAAAUAACAUGGGUUGGUCAUGUUAGUGCUAAAGAUGAACACCAAUCUAGAGAAGCAGUGCGACACAGUGACCAACUGAAGAGAAGGGAUCGAAUUCAGGAAGAAAGUUCACAUCUUAAGGGGCGGGAUGAUACUUUCUCCCGUGUGAAUCAAUUUACUGCUGAUGAAAGACGAUCUAGGCAGGAGAGGUCAAGUAGCCGUAGUGAUCGCGUUACUAAUAAUUCAGAUAGCCAAAGACUUCACGAGAGGAAACAUAAAGAGGGCUCAAGGAAAAGCAAAGAGCGUGAUAUUAGUGACCAUAAUAGUUUAGGAAUGUCCAAGAAAAGUCUAGAAAAUCCAAAUGGUCCAUCAAAUGAGAAGGGCUCCAAAGAAUUUGCUGAUCAAGAACGUGCUGGGCAUGAUAUUCAAGGGCAUCGCCUAUCCAGGAAACACCAGGACGGCAUUUCCUCUGAUGACGAACAGCAAGAUUCUUACAGAGGACGUUCGAAACUGGAGCGCUGGACAAGCCAUAAAGAAAGAGAUUUCAGUAUCAACAAGUCAUCUUCUUCCUUGAAGUUCAAAGACAUUGACAAAGAUAAUAAUGGCAGGUCUUCUGAAGUUGGGAAACCUGUGGAUGAAUCUGCUAAAACAGUCGAUGAUGAUAACCAACAACUCUUGAUGGCUGAAGCAAGGGAUUCUGUAGACAUGGAAAGCAGGGAUGGUGAUUCCAAGGAAUCCGGGGAUCAGCAUCUGGACACAGUUGAGAGGCUGAAGAAACGAAGUGAGCGGUUCAAGCUCCCAAUGCCAAGUGAAAAAGAAGCCCAGGUUAUCAAGAGGCUAGAGAGUGAACCUCUGCCUUCUGCCAAAACUGAAAAUCCAGUAGAGUCGGAUGUCAAACAAGAGCGACCUGCCAGAAAAAGGAGAUGGAUCAGUAACUAA